CGCCGACCGCACCCACCGCGCCAGGCGGGUCGUCGCAGGCCGCGCUGGCGGGCCGCCCUCUCCGAUCCCGGCCGCGCUGCCGACGCCGUGGCCGCCAUGUCCGCGGCGGGAUGGCAGGGCGCCCUGGCCCUGGCAGCCGCCUGGCGCUGCGUGGCAGCGAGCUCGGGGGCACAGGUGCCGCGCAGGCUCGUGGCGAACGCGGCGCCGGGCCAGCCCCGCUACUGGGUCAAGCUCAGGUCGCUGGACCCCGCCGUCGGCGAACUCGAGCCACCGUUCGCCGAGGACGGCACCGGGUUCAAGCUGGAGCUGGACGACCCCAAGCUGGGGGAGCUGAGGUUGGACAUGGCCCUGAACCGCGACAAGUACAGCGACGAAAAAGACGAUCUACCUGAGAUCCUCGUGGACGGGGAGCUCCUCGAGUACGACCCCGUGGGCGAGCCGACAUUCACUCUGCACUUGAAUGAGACCAUCGGUCCGUUCGACAAGGAGGUCACCGUUCGGGUGCGAGACCGCCUCGAGGAGCGGACGCACCACGACUACAGCAUCCGCGUGAGGAAGCCUCCGGACUUCGAGGAGG